AUGCGAGUUGACUUUGGAGAUGAUUCAUAUGUUGCUCCUCCUGGGAUGCUAAGUGUUUUUCCAUCGCCAUUUCAAAGUGCCGAGUCAUGGAUCAGAGACAGAUGGAUUUUUCGAGAGAAGGAUUCAGCUAAAUCUCCAAUGCCUAUUGUGUCGCUUAAGAAGGGACUGAGAAUUCCUGAUCCUGUUGUAUCUGCCUCAAAUUGUGUCCUGAAUAAUGAAGAACUGAAGUAUGGAAAAGUGAUGAAAGGUGAUCUGAACUUCACAGCGGAAGUGUCAGGAUCUACCGUACGCAAAGCCAAUCGUUCACUUCCUGGGUUUCAAACCAUUUUACAAUGUGGAAAAACACUUGAUGAUGACACUUUAUUAGGAAAAGUUGAUUCCUCGAUAUUUAACACUUCACUUGAUGGAGACGAAAAAGUUAAUCGGAUUUUCGAUAGGUCACAAUCAGUUUUGGGGAAAACAAAGGCAUGCCUAGUGGAUGAUUCCGAUGUAAAUAAAGACACUUAUACGUCUAAUGAAUAUCCUAGCUUAUCACCAAUUCAUACAUCGAAUUCCCAGCACGAAACCUUACAUUAUCCGUCUGACUCACCUCCAUACAUGCUUGUGCGGAGAUCAAGGGAAUCUUUGGAGAAAGAUUACAAGUCAUCAUCAAAACAAAUUACUACUGGAGGUUCUAUUAAAAAUGAAAGUGGCUUCAAACGCAAUAAUAAUGGACAUUUUCUUAUGGAUAGUGAAAAAAGCCAAAACAUGGUAAACUCAGAAAAUACUGAUAUUGGUCAAUCGAAAUCAAAUAUGCUCAAUAUAUUUUAUGAUCCUUUAGGUCUUGAAACAACUAAUUGGGAUAAUGAUUGUCCAGUAGUUAAUAGUACUAAAAAAUUAACUAAUGCUUCAACUAUUCCUCAUCCAUAUAAUGGCAAACAUAAUCUACCCGAAUCCAAAGACAGUGUUCUAGAUGAUAUAAGCACAAAGAGGAAUGUUUGCAUGGACGAUACGUUUUAUUUGGAAUUUUUAGACAAAAAUUUGGCAGGAACUGAUUCCAAAACUAGUUCCAAUUUCGCUGAACGAUGUGGUUUAAAUUCUCCAACAGCUUUUGUCGAAGAUAUGCUUAGAAAAGCACAGAAAAAACUAAAUCAUCAGUAUAAAUGUUGA